GGAUUGAUGUUCUGUAUAAUCUGUUUUAUUAAAAAGAACACAUUUAAAGUUUGUUUACUGUUAUUUUCAUAAACAUAGGUGUCACAAGUUGGGAGCACACUGUCAAAGAUUGAACUCCCUCAGUUCUUUAAUUAAAAAAAUAAUUCUUUGAUAUCCCUCUUUGAAUUAAACAGAAGUUACUCUUGGCCUUAGGGCUGGGGGACUGGACAUGGUGGAAAACAAUUGAUCAUGCUAGAAAAGCCCUUCAAAGUAACCAUAGGCAUGCUUGUACCAUCUUUAAAGAGGCAGAGAGAUUUGCUUUUUCUGGACAAACAAACAGGCAUAUCUUUAAAAGGUAUGAACCUCUCUUUACAUCCAACGGAGUAAAGGCAUGUUUUCACAGUUGGAGGUGAUCCAAUAGAAGGGGAAGGAGAUGGAACAGAAGGACCCAGAAGGUCCUGGACUUGGCAAAGGAUCAAGCAAAAGCCCCCAUCUCAUCCAAGCUGGGAGUAGUGUUAAAUUCUGGGAGAAAGAUGCGCCAGAGAUCUGGGAUCAGGAGUCCCUGAACUCAGAAAUACUUUUUCAACCCUUCCAGCAGUUCUGCUACUAUGACGCUGAUGGACCCCGAGAGGUCUGCAGCCAGCUCUAUGGACUUUGCAAUGACUGGCUGAAGCCUGAGAGGCACUCCAAGAAGCAGAUCCUGGACCUGGUGAUCCUUGAGCAGUUUCUGACCAUCCUGCCCCAAGAAAUGCAGUGCUGGGUCAGAGGAUGCGGCCCGGAGACCAGUUCCCAGGCGGUGGCCCUGGCCGAAGGUUUUCUCCUGAGUCAGGUUGAGGAGAAGAGGCAGGCAGAACAGGUGAGGGCUUUUCAGGUGUGGGGUCCGUCUGUGAAGAUGGAAGCUAAGUUUUCUGAGACAGAAAGAGCUUUGGUGGAGGAUGGACAGCACGCUCAAGAUGCCCUCUCAGGUGGCAGUGAAGUGACAGUGUUGAUCCGAUUUCUUUAUGGAGGUGUGGAAACAACAGCUGCAUCUCCAGUCCAGUCUCCAGUUUCCUUUGAGGAGGUGGCUGUGUAUUUCACGGUGGCAGAGUGGGCCCUGCUGGAUCUGGACCAAAGAGAUCUCUUCAGGGAAGUCAUGCAGGAGAACUACAGGAGUGUGGCCUCUCUAGGAGCCAAUAAUGCAAGAGAGACUAUGAUGGAAACAGACGAAGGCCUUACAACCGAAGAAAAGCUAGAGAGUUUCCCAAGUGGAUCCCAAGAGAGUAUUUCCGUCACAGAUGAUCUGGCUGCAACAGAGGAUCAGCAGUGGAAUGAAUUGGAUGAGGAGGUGCAUCAGCUAUCGCCAGAUGAAAUGAAGAAUAAAAAUUUGGAAGGCAACUUCAGGAAUCACAGCACACCGAACAGGAAAAAAGGAAGUUACAUUGAGAAGAGGGAUAAUCCCAUUCCUGGCCAAGAGCAGGAUUUCCAUGAAGUAAACCACAUGGAGGAAGUAUAUAAGUGCUUGGAGUGUGGAAUGACCUUCUCAGAUCAAAUCCAACAUGAUAUCCAUUUGCAAACACACAGUGACAAGAAGUGCAGAGAGAGCUUCCUUUGCAGACCAGAGCUCAUAAGGUAUCAAAGAACACAUACAAAAGAGAAACAUAAUAGCUGCUCUGACUGUGGCAAGACUUUCUCACAAAAAUCAGACCUUCUUGAUCAACAAAGAAUUCAUUCAGGAGAAAAGCCUUUAACUUGCUUAGACAGUAGAAAUGGAUCUCUGCCAUUGCAGAAGAAAGGGUAACGUAUGUAUUCAAGCACGUAUAGUGAAGGCACACAAAUGCUUUCGUUGUGGAAAGUACUUCAAACACAGAUCACAGCCCUUGUGCACCAAUUUAGAACCCACAAAGGGGAGAAACCUUUUGAAUGCUUAGAGUGUGGAAAGAAAUUUAAUCACGGUAGCAAACUUCAACAGCAUCAAAGAACCCACACGGGGGAAACUCCUUUGAAAUGCUUCCGCUGUAGAAAGAAAUUCAGUCAAAGCUGUCAUCUUCAAAUGCAUCAAAGAACCCACACAGGGGAGAAACCUUUUCCAUGCGCAGAGUGUGAAAAAAGGUUCAGUCAAAGUAGCCAACUUCAACAGCAUCAAAGAACCCACACAGGGGAGAAACCUUUUGAGUGUUCCAAGUGUGGAAAGAGAUUCAGUCACAGUAGUAGUCUUCAAAAGCAUCAAAGAACCCACACAGAGGAGAAACCUUUUGAAUGCUCAGAAUGUGGGAAGAGAUUUUGCCAAAGGAGCAAUCUUCAUGCACAUAAUAGAACCCAUACGAGGGAGAAACGUUUUGAAUGCUCGGAGUGUAAAAAGAGAUUCAGUCACCGUAGCAAUCUUCAACAGCAUCAAAGAAUCCACACAGGGGAGAAACCCUUUGAAUGCUCAGAGUGUGGAAACAGAUUCAGUCACAGUAGCAAUCUUCAACAGCAUCAAAGAAUCCACACAGGGGAGAAACCCUUUGAAUGCUCAGAGUGUGGAAACAGAUUCUGUCAAAGUGGCCACCUUAAUGUACACAAAAGAACCCAUACAGGGGAGAAACAUUUUGAAUGCUUAGAGUGUGGAAAGAGUUUCAGUCACAGUAGCAGUCUUCAUCAACAUAUGAGAACCCACACAGGAGAGAGACCUUUUGAAUGCUCAGAAUGUGGAAAGAGAUUCUGUCACAGUAGCAGUCUCCAACAGCAUCAAAGAACCCACACAGGGGAAAAACCUUUUGAAUGCUCAGAGUGUGGGAAGAGAUUCUGUCAAAGGGGCCAGCUUCAUGCACAUAAAAGGACCCACACUGGGGAGAAACCUUUUGAAUGCUCUGAGUGUGGAAAGAGAUUCUGUCAUAGGGGCCAUCUUCGACAGCAUAAAAGAACCCACACAGGGGAGAAACCUUUUGAAUGCUCAGAAUGUGGAAAAAGAUUCAGUCACAGUAGCAGUCUUCAACAACAUCAAAGAACCCACACAGGGGAGAAACCUUUUGAAUGCUCAGAGUGUGGAAAGCGAUUCUGUCAAAGGGGCCAUCUUCAUGCACAUAAAAGGACCCACACCGGGGAGAAACCUUUUGAAUGCUCAGAGUGUGGAAAGAGAUUCUGUCAUAGGGAACAUCUUCAUGUACAUCAAAGAACCCAUACGGGUGAAAAACGUUUUGAAUGCUCAGUGUGUGGAAAGAGAUUUCGUCACAGUGGUAAUCUUCACACACAUCAAAGGACCCACACAGGGGAGAAACCUUUUGGAUGCUCAGAGUGUGGAAAGAGAUUCAGUCAGAGUAGCCAUCUUACACAGCAUUUAAGGACCCACAAAUAGGAUAAACCUUUGGAUAAACAUUAACACUUACAUACAGAAAUGGGCCUCUGUUCUGAGACGCCCCUUCCCAGAAAGCGUGUUACCAGGAGAAUUCUCCAGUUACAGCCUUCUACGUUCUAUACAGAGUCAGCUAAAAUUAUGGAUAAAUUUAAGAAAAAAUGGUUAACAAUGUGUUACAAAAGUCAGUACAGAAUAUUUAAGUUAAAAAAUGUACCUAACAUUCCUCUCCCAGUUUUUUUAAGUUUAUACUACACAUAGUGGUGAGUUGUUAGCCACAGUUCAAAAUCACAGCUUCAUAAACUAUUGCAGAACUGGAACUGAAGAGGAGUUGUUGUUUUUUAUUCCACCAUUUCUUUCACUGGUAAUCAGCUAAUUCCACCAGGUAGACAGUCAGAUUCACUAGCAACCUCCUUUACAAAGCCCUUAAGAUAGCCUCAAGAUUGUAGAUUUUGAGUCGAUGAGUAGGAAAGUGGCUUGCAAUAUCUGACCAUCUUCUAUCUGCUGUUCCUGGAAUUACAUUCUUCCACUGUCCUGUCUGACAGGAGCCCUGGGCAGCCUUAUAUGCUAUCAGACCAGCACCUGAAUGUCAUUUGGUCCCUGCUAGGUCAUUUCUCCCACCUGUAGCCAUAAAUCUCCUGGGCUGAUGUCAAGCCAACAUCUCCCUGCUGCUUCUGUAGUCUCAAUCAUUUUUUCCUUCCUCCACAGAGGUCUCUGACCCACUCUGAGUUUUGAGAAGCCACUGCAUGCUUGAGUUCCUGGGUACCAUUCUCUGCUGAAGCCCCAUUCCACAGAGUCUGGCCCCUCAACUAUCACCUUCUGGCUGCCUUAUGAUAGACUAAUGUUCCACCAACCACUUGGUUACCCAAGUAUUCCAUCUAAUCAAAAAACAGACAAACCACACUAUUAAAUUCACAGGGAUACACUGUACCCUAGUUUACUCAUGCACAAGCUUUGUAUCACCAUGUCAGGAAAUCUGAGACCCAUGCCAUCAAAUGUCAGGGUUACCAAGGCCUGAGUGCAUGAAUAAAGCAAAGAUUUAUUAAGACACUUGAAAAAAAAGAACAGGAAUAAGAUAAAGCAAGUCCAGUCUC